CACUCAGUGACAGUCAGUCAGUGUGUUUGAAUAGGUCACUUAUCCCUAAAUGAAGCAAAAAUGACGGAAGAAUCCGCUGUUAAAGUGUGUGUUAGGGUCAGACCCCUUAUAAAGAGGGAGGAAUCAGAGACCUCAGAGCCCGUGCAGUUGUUCUGGAGAGCAGAUAAACAGGCCAUACAUCAGAUCGAUGAUGAUGGAAAUCAAACCAAGAGCUUCAGCUUCGACCGUGUUUUCAGUGCUGAUGAGUCCACCAGUCAACUCUAUCAGGACAUCGCAAAGCCUCUGGUUGUGUCAGCUGUUGAAGGUUAUAAUGGGACGAUAUUUGCGUAUGGACAAACUUCUUCCGGAAAGACCUUCACCAUGAUGGGUAGUGAACAUAACCCUGGUGUGAUACCGCUCGCCAUGGCUGAUGUCUUUAAAACUAUUAAAAAUUGUCCAAAGAAAGAGUUUCUCCUUCGUGUGAGCUACAUGGAAAUAUACAACGAAACCGUGACAGAUUUACUCUGCGACAGCUGGAAGAGGAAACCUCUGGAAAUUCGUGAAGGAAACUAUAAAAACGUGUAUGUAGCAGAUUUGACAGAAGAGCUGGUGACAUCUCCAGAGCAGGCCCUGUCCUGGAUCGUCAAAGGAGAAAAAAACCGGCAUUAUGGAAAGACAAAAAUGAACCAGCGUAGCAGCCGCUCCCACACAAUUUUUCGCAUGAUUUUGGAGAGCCGAGAGAGAAGUGACCCAGCGUCUGGAGAAAAUGCUGAUGGAGCUAUCAUAGUGUCACACUUGAAUUUGGUAGAUCUUGCUGGUGCUGAACGGGCAAGUCAGACAGGAGCUGAGGGAGCCCGGUUUAAAGAAGGCUGUAAUAUAAACCGCAGUUUGUUCACGCUGGGUCAAGUCAUCAAGAAGUUAUCUGAUGAGAGUCAGAAGGGCUUCUUGAAUUACAGAGACAGCAAACUUACCCGAAUUCUACAGAACUCUUUGGGUGGCAAUGCAAAAACUGUCAUCAUCUGCACAAUCACCACAGCCACUGUCGAAGAGACCGUAAGCACCUUACAGUUUGCUAGCGCUGCAAAACGCAUGAAGAAUGACCCUCACGUUACGGAGGUCUCCGAUGAAAGAGCUCUUUUGAGAAGAUACCGCAAUGAGAUUGUUGAUCUUAAACGACGGCUUCAAGAGGUUUCCUCUGUCACAAAAACAACUGUGACCGAGAGAGAGUCGCUGUGUCAACUUCUGCAGGAGAAAGAUCAGCUCCAGAGAGAGCAAGAGGACAGAAUCAAGAACUUGACCAAGCUACUAGUUACUGCAUCAAAUGUUGCCCUAAUACCUAAGGUUCCCAAGAGGAGAGUAACAUGGGGUGGCAAGCUGCUGAGAUCUGCACGUCUCCUGAAUGAAGUUCAUGGAUCACCUGGUAUGAGUUUUGCUGAGCCAUACAUCAAGAAGAGGAGAGCAGACUACACUCUACCUGAGGACGGAGAAUAUAUGGAUGAGUUUGACAGCCGCUUUGAUUUCACUGCUCUGGAAGAACCAAACAUGGACAUGGAGAUGAGCAGCAUCACUGUCCGCAGCUCCUCAGAAGGGAGUCAUUUCAUGGACUCGCCUCGAGCGAAUGAGCUGCUGUUGAAGGUGGCGUCUCUUGAGCAUCAGUUAGAGGUUGAGACUCAAAGCAGACAGAGAGCUGAGGAGAGGAGCUCAGAACUUCAGAAGAAGGUCUCUGAACUGGAGAGGAAGCAGGAAGCUCAAGUCAAACCAUCAGUUGAGGAGAUGAAGGGUUACUAUGAGCUGGAGAAACAGAUGGUGGCACUGCAGCAUCAACUGCAGACAGAGGUUGAACAGAGACAGACGGCUGAGGAGAAAAGCUCAUCACUGGAACUGAAGGUGGCAGAGCUGGAGCAACCCUCUGAAGCCCUCUCACGCUCACAGCACACCUGUGAACAGCUGAAGAGAGAUCUGGAAGAGGCCAUUCAGCUCUGUGAGACUGUUGGCUUUGAGAAAGAUGCCAUUAUUGCAGAACGAGACCUGAUCAAAUACACUCUUGAGCUUUUAACAAAAGACCUGGAGACUCUGAAGGAAGAGAAAGACUCACUUCAGAAAGAUAAAGACUCACUUCAGAAAGACAUGGAGGAGAGGAGAGAUGCUGAUGAGUUUGAGAAACUAGAGCAGGAGAGCAAGAAAGAAUACGAGAGAGAAUUAGAAGCAGAAAUCUCCAGACUACAGAAAGCUUCAAAACAAUCAGACGACACGAUUCAGAAGUUGGAGGCUGAUCUGGCGAUGAUGUCCUCUGAGCUUAAGAAGAAGACCGAACUGACCACUGAACUGCAGAGUUUUAGUGACAAGGAUCUUGUCCAGGAAGUAACACAGCUACGGCGCUCUUUAGAUGAUGCUGAGUGCCUCAGUUUGGAGACCAAGAAAGAGUGGGCCUUCCUGCGCAGUGAGAACAUUUCCCUUAAAGAGAGAGACGUAACGCUGACUGCAGACUAUGAGAAGAUGGAAGACGUGGUGAAGACACUUCAAAACAAGCUUGAGCAGGAGAAGUCUCGCUUCAAGAAAAUGCAAACAGAUCUUCAAAAAGAACUAAUGGGUGCCUUUGAUGAAAACACCAAACUAACUGCUCUUCUGGAUGGAAAGGUGCCAAAACAUUUGACAGAUAAUCUUGUGUUGGAGAAAAGCCUUUCUGACUUGCGUAAGGAGCUCGAUCAGAAUCGUGAGCAAGAGCGAUCUCUACAGAGUAAGAUGGAGGAGAUGGAGACACUUCCUGUUAAAGUGGAUGAAUUACUGCAACGGGUGGGCGGUCUGACAGAAGAGCUGUGUUCUGUUAAAAAGGAGAGAGAUAGUUUGAUAUCUGCUCAGUCCAGUUUAACUGAAGAUAAUCAGAGACUGAAAGACGCUGAAUAUCAGCUGCUGAAGAUGGAGAAUGAUCUGACUGAUGCGCAGCUGAAGGAAACUGAACUGACUCAACAGAUCACUGAGACGAGAGAGCAGCUCCAGAAGAUCCAGACUGAUCUAGAGCACAUCACACAGGAGAACAGCACACUGAUGAGAUCUUUAGAGGACACCACACAGAAGUUGGUACAUUUGGGUGAAGAGCUUGAGUGUGUUCGUGGAGAGAGAGACGUGCUGCUAUCGGAGAAGACAGAUGACCAUCAGAAAGACUCAGAUGAGUUGCAGAAUCUACAUCACACCAUCAGCUCAAUAACUGAAGAGAGAGACCAACUGCAGGAGAUACUACAGACCCUCAGAGAGGAGAGAGACCAGCUCAAGACAGAUAUGGAGGAAAACGUUGAGAUGAUGAUCGAGAGUCAGUCAGAGCUGAGAGAUGCUCAGGAGAAGGUGAAGGAACUUCAGAGUAAAAUACACAAUCUGGAAUCACAGAGAGCUCAGACGGAUGGCCAACAUGAUGACCAGAGAAACAACGAAGAUGGACAACUGGAGAAACUACAAUAUCAGAUAAAACAGUUGGAGGAGCAGCUCUGUGCUGUUGUUGUUGAGAAGGACCAUCUGCUGUUUGAGAGAUCUGAGCAUCAUGAAGUUCUAGAGAGGAUACAGACGAGCAUAAUGUCAAUAACAGAGGAGAGAGAUCUGCUUCAGGAGAGACUACAACAGCUUGAGAGAGAAAGCAGUCAGCUGAAAACACAUCUGGAUGAGAAGAGGGAGAUGAUGCUGCAGGUUCAGUCAGAAUUAAAAUCACAGCAGCAGCAUUUGAACACAGAACAAAAUGAUUCCAGUGUGGAGAGUGACACUCAGCUUCAACAGAUCCAGACACUGAAGGAAGCGCUUGAGAUUUUGACAGAGGAGAAAAAUCAGCUAGCAUCAAACCUUCAAGAAACAUCUCAACAGAUACAGCAGCUUAAAGAGGAACUGGACGAAGUUUAUGAAGAGAAUAAGCAGUUAAAAUCAGAUCUACAGGAGAAUGUGGAAAUGAUGAUAGAAAAUCAAGAGGAAUUGAGAGGAGCUCUUGAGAAGGCGAAAGACCUGCAGAACACAAUACUAGAGCUGGACUCCAAAUUGCAGAACUCUGAGAACACAUCACUACAGCAGAUCCAUGAGCUUCAGAAUCAGAUGAAGCAGCUUCGAGAGGAGCUGGUGAGUGUUUGUAGCGAGCGAGAGCGUUUUCUGUCUGAGAGGACCAUGAGUUCUCUCGAUGAGACUGGGAUGAUGGAGAAGCUGAAGGCCAACAUCAGUUCUCUCACAGAGGAGAGAGACCAGCUCCAGAAGAUACUGCAAGGCCUCAGAGAGGAGCGAGAGCAGCUGAGGAGAGACCAGGAGGAGAAAGAGGAGAUGGUGGUGCAGAUCAGAGAAGAGCUUCGGUCAUCUUGUGCUGAGAUAGACCAUCUUUCAUCUGAGAGGAUCAGAGAGAUGGAGGAGAUGAACUUCAGAAUGAGCUGUGUGACUGAGGAGAGAGAUCAGCUUCUGCAGACUCUACAGGGACUUGAAGAAGAAAGAGAGCAGCUCAAGAGAGAUCAGCAGCUGCAGGAUGAGACGUUGUCUCAGUUGAGAGGGCAGCUGCAGUCUGCCUGUGUUGAGAGAGACCAUCUGCUGUCUGAGAAGAGCACAAAUGAUCUGGAGGACAUGCAGACAAGCCUCGCCUCUGUCUGUGAGGAGAGACAGCAGCUCCUUGAGAGACUGCAGACUAACAGAGAGGAGAAGAACCUGCUGAGGAAAGACCUGGAGGAGAAAGAGAAGAUGAUGCUGCAACUGAGAGAAGAGCUUGAGUUGUCUUGUGCAGAGAAAGAGCAGCUGCUUUCUGAGAGGAACAGAGAACUUCAGGAGAAAUCAGCAGAGAUGGAGAUGGCUGCAGCUAACAUCACUGCUCUGACUGAAGAGAGAGACCAGCUGCUGGAGAAACAACAGGCCGUAAGAGAAGAGAAAGACCAGCUGAAGAGGCAUCAGCAGGAGAAGGAUCAGAUGUUGGUACAGUUGAGACAGGAGCUGCAGACCACAUGUGCAGAGAGAGACCGUCUGUUGGCUGAGAAAGAGACAGAUGCUGCAUGUAACGUAUCGAACGCUUCCUCCAGUAUGACAUCAAAUGAUGGAGUAGACCUCCAGGAAAUACUGCAGGGUGUUAGAGAGCUUAUUCAGGUCCAAGGAGAGCUCAAACAGAAGAAGUGUCUCGUGUCUGGUCCGUCGAGUCCACAAGAGAAGCAGAAAGCUCAGCUUGAGCAGAUUCAAGCACUCAGUGUGGAGAUGAAGUCUUUAAGAAAUGAGAGUGUGGUACUCAGGAAAGACCUUCAAGAGGCAGCUGAGACUUCCAAAACCUAUCAGGAGUUACUUCACAUCACUAAAGAAGAACUAAAGCAACAGCAGAAAGAGAACGCUGACCUAAUGACCCAGAGUGCUGCAAAGGAGUCUCAACUUCAACAACAGUUGAGUAAAAUGAGUGUAGAUCUUUCAACUUUGAAAACCGUAAGGGACCAACAUGACUCCGAGAUCCAGAACCUCAAAUCAAGCCUCACCUCACUUAAUAAAGACAAGGAUGAGCUCCAGGACAUGCUAGAGAGAGCCAGAAAGGAGAGUGACGUGCUGAGACGUGAUCUUCACAAGAGUGAGGAGACGAGAAACCAGCUGACUGUGGAGUACGAGUCUCUUGGUGGUUUGACAGAGCAGCUGGAGAAUGAGAAGACUCACACUGAGCAGAUCACUGAGUCUUUAAGAGCCAUCACAGAAGAGAGAGAUCAACUCAAACAAGAACUGGAGGGGAAGAUAAAGGAGUCUCUCACAGAGGUCAACUGUAGCGUAUCCUUUGGAAUGGAUCAGAGUAACGUUCAGACCAAGCCGAGAUCUACAGAUAUAAUCGCUGAGAUUGACGCAUCAAACGAGAAGCUGCAGGCGGCCUUCACAAAGUUCCAGUUGAUUAUUGAGCGUCCAUACAAUCAUUUAAAUGAUGUGACCUGUGAUGAAUGGACCGCCAGCUAUCAUCUGCUGCCAUUUAUACCAAAGUCUCAGAGGAAAGUUCAUGCAAAUUUCACCAUGAAUACAACUGUGCUGAACGAUAAACUUCACGUGACUGCGGAGGCGUACAAGAAAUUUGCGGAGCACUUCAAGAGUCACUUUGAGAUGCAGGUGCAGUGUGAUGUGGCAUCAUUCGAGGAGAGCCGACUGCAGGAUCUGCUCAUCCUCAUGACUCAGAAUCCAUUACAGUCUCUACGAUCACUCCAGGAGGACUUUCAGCAGCUCUGGGAUCAAAGACUCUCACAUCUGCUGGACAGACGUCAACACUAUUUGCAGAAAAUGGCAAGUGUUGUGAAGGUUCUGGAGGACGGUUUGUCCAAACACACAUUGACCGUGUCAGAGGAGCAUGAGGAGAGAACUCGAGCGAUACAGGAGUUCAGUGCUUUGCUCAGAUCUCCAGACACUGCUGCCAUCAUACAGCUGCUGGAGCGACACGCUUUUCAGCGUAUGAAAGUGACCGAGUGUCUGAACACACAUGUCGCGGUGUUACAUGAGUGUCACUCUGAGAUGUCCCUCCUCAAAUCAGCCUCGGUGGAGUCUGAGCUGCAUCUGAAGGAGCAGAGGAGAGAGACUUUAGCUCUGCUACAGACUCAAAACGGCACCCUGCCCAAAACGGAGGCUGAACUCCUGCAGGAUAAUCAACGCCUGUCACUGCAGCUGCAGCAAACACACAAACAGAUGCAGGUCAUUCAGGAGCAGAUGAAUGAUUUGAAGGCCCAGGCUGAUGCCUCAAACCAGAAACAUCUGCUUCAACUCCAGGAACUUGAUGUCCAGCUGAAGGAGAAGCAUACACUCAUCCAGACCUUGGAGAACAAACUUGAAGAGUCAGAGUCACUGGCUAAGAGGAACUUGACACCUGGAGCUGCUGAACUGGAGGCUAUGAAGGACAAACUGGUGAAAAUGGAGCUGGAUCACAUUGCAGUCACCACAAGCCAUGAGAAAGAGAUUUCACAGAUGAGCUCAGUGUUGGAGCACAGAGCAGAGGUCAUUCGCAAGCUCAAAGAGACCCUCAGGAAAUUGCAACAGGAAGACGAGCAGUCUUUCCUGGACAGCGAUGAGGCCAAUAUUAAUUUAGGCUCAAACAUCCGAGCGUUUGCUUCCCUCAAAGAGAAGAAGAUUGAGGAGCUGCAGAAGAAGAACGCUCAGAUUGAGAGUUUGGUGAGUAAGCAGCAAGAAGAGAUCAGUAAAUGGAAGCGCAGAGCUUAUAAGAUGAAGGAGAGUAAAAAGGACGGUCUGUGCACACCAACCAAACGGCAGCCAAUUCUGACCGAAACCGAAGUGAACUCCCCGAAGAAGAUGUUUUUGGACUCUCCUAAGAGCAAGUUCUUUGACGUGCGCUCUUCUGUUCCCAUCAGCCUCAACUGCCCCACACAGUUCUUUGAUAACUCCAGUCUCGGGACUGUGCCAGAUUCCAGCUCCAGAGCAGCUGUUGGUUCCAGUAAAGCUCAAGUAGAUGACUGGUGGAAGAUUCCUAACACUUCCUCUAGCGAACCCACUGCUAGCAUGAAUGCUAAUGGAUGCCCAACACAAUGAACAUCCACUACACACUUUAAAAGCACACACGGACAUGAUCUGUUUCUCUAAAUUGAAUUUGUGGCACAGCAUAGUCCUUGGAGUGCACUAGUUCCAGCUCACAGCAUUAAAUGUGUCCCGAUGUAAAAGCAAUCUCCAGCAAUAACUUGCAGGUCAAAGCCAUAUUGAUCUUGUGAACUCAUGCUGUUAGGAUAUAAGAACUUAAGAAUUAUUUUAUGACUAAAACUGAACUCAUCUUUACCACUGGAACAGCACUGAGCAUGGCUUCUAGUGAAUACUUUAACCAGUGUACACCAAGAACUACAAACUAUAUAUGUUUUAUUUUUGUGUUGGCUUUUUGUCUCUGUCUGCAAGUUUUAUGUAAAUAA